AGAGUUGCGCGUGCGCACACUGUGAGCCGGCGGCUGAAAGGACAGCUCCUGCUAUCUGGGAGUCGGAUCCAGCUACCGAAAAGUUUUUUUGGUCUAUUUCUAAAUGUUGUUACACAAAUAAUGAUACCUAAAAGAAAAAAAGGGCCAAGUAUAUUUUUUAAAUAAAAGAGUUUGUGAAAAUAAAAAGUUUUAGUUGUGGCCGAAAGCCUGCAGCAACCGAUACUUUAUUUUUUGUACUUCUAAAAACCAAAAAAACAGCAAAGCUUCUAAAGAUGUGACUUAUUAAGGGUAGCCUGUGCCAACGGUGCUGCAUUGAAGCGUUGAGAAAGAACAAACUCAAAACCCUCAGCACCAGCUACCGCCCACCUAGCACAGCCUAAGUGCUUGGUUUCCGCCGCAGCUUCAAGUGGGUUCUCCCGUUUCUGCGCUCCCAUCGCGAGAACUCACGGGAUUAGACGCGAGAAGAGCGGGACAGCUCCCAGGAACUCGCGUCCCAGCUUUCGUCUGGAGGUUAACGUGCAUGUAAGCCCCCACUGCGCGUGCGCACACGUGGCUCCGCCCAGGUGCCGGGCCGGUUUUCUCCAUGCUGCCCGCACGCCUAUCCCGUAGGUUGCUCCGUCCUUUCCUUCGGAGAUCGGCUCCCACCGUAGAGCGCUAUGGCCUCCGGGAGCCGGUCCUGGGGAAGAGAUGCGCGGCUUCCUCCUCCUUCCAACGCCGUUCGGGCCUGGGCCGUGAGCUUCCUUAUGGCCCCACGCCGACUGCGGGAUACGGAGGAAGUCCUGACUUGGAGGAGCGUUUUCUGUUCCCGGAGUAUGUUCCGGAGCCGGAGCCUCCGCCGACUCCCGAGGAGCAGCUGCGGGAGCUGCAGCAGCGGCCGCCGGGCGCUCUCGGUCUUGGGGCACCCGGACCCGACGGUGCCGCCCAGCGGCCUGAACUGCUCGGGCUGCGGGGCCGAGCUGCACUGCCAGGACUCCGGCGUGCCGGGCUACCUGCCCAGCGAGAAGUUCCUCCGCGCCUCGCAGGACGGCGAGCUGGCGCGGACCGUGUGCCUGCGCUGCUGGCUGCUGGUGCACCACCGGCGCGCGCUGCGCCUGCAGGUGAGCCGCGAGCAGUACCUGCAGCUGGUGAGCGCCGCGCUGCGGCGACCCGGGCGGGCGCUGGUGCUCUACAUGGUGGACCUGCUGGACUUGCCUGACGCCCUGCUGCCCGACCUCCCGGCGCUGGUGGGCCCCAAGCAGCUCAUCGUGCUGGGCAACAAAGUGGACCUGCUGCCCCAGGACGCUCCCGGCUACCGCCAGCGUCUCCGGGAGCGACUGUGGAACGACUGUGCCCGCGCCGGGCUUCUCCUGGCCCCUGGCCACCAAGGGCCACAGCUCUCCAGUGGGGAGGGACCAGGCGACACUGAGGGGAACUCGAAUUCGUCGGUCAAGUCCCGCACGGUGGUCAGGGACGUGCGGUUGAUCAGCGCGAAGACAGGCUAUGGGAUUGAAGAAUUGAUCUCCUCGCUUCAGCGCUCCUGGCGCUACCGCGGCGACGUCUACCUGGUGGGAGCCACCAACGCUGGCAAGUCCACUCUCUUCAACACGCUCCUGGAGUCCGAUUACUGCACCGCCAAGGGCGCCGAGGCCAUCGAUAGGGCCACCAUUUCCCCUUGGCCAGGUACUACGUUAAACCUUCUGAAGUUUCCUAUUUGUAACCCAACUCCUUACAGAAUGUUUGAAAGGCAAAAAAGACUUAAAAAAGAUGCAACUACAGCCGAAGAAGACCUUAGUGAACAGGAACAAAAUCAGCUUCGUUUCAUGAAAAAGCACGGUUACGUAGUAGGAAGGGUUGGAAGAACUUUCUGGUAUACAGAAGAACAGAAGGACGAAAGUGCCUUUGUGUUUGAUGCCGAUUCACUAGCUUUUGACAUGGAAAAUGAGCCUGUUACAGAUGUCCCCAAGCCCACCACCAAACGAGUAGAACUGACUCCACACGAUGUGAAAGAUGCCCACUGGUUUUAUGACACCCCUGGAAUUACAAAAGAAAACUGUAUCUUAAGUCUCCUAACAGAAAAAGAAGUGAAUAUUGUUUUGCCAACGCAUUCCAUUGUUCCAAGAACUUUCGUGCUUAAGCCAGGGAUGGUCCUAUUUUUGGGGGCUAUAGGCCGCAUAGAUUUCCUCCAGGGGGAUCAGUCGGCCUGGUUUACGGUCGUGGCUUCCAACGCGCUCCCCGUGCACGUUACCUCCUUGGACAGGGCGGAUGCUGUGUAUCAGAAGCACGCGGGACACACAUUACUCCAGGUUCCAACGGGUGGAGAAGAGCGAAUGGCAGGAUUUCCCCCUCUGGUUGCUGAAGACAUUAAACUAAAGGAAGGCCUUGGGGACUCCGAAGCCGUGGCCGACAUCAAGUUCUCCUCUGCAGGUUGGGUUGCGGUAACACCUCGUUUCAAGGACAGACUGCGGCUCCGAGGCUACACACCUCAGGGAACAGUGCUGACGGUCCGGCCCCCGCUCUUGCCACACAUCGUUAACGUCAAAGGAGAGCGCAUCAGGGGAAGCGUGGCCUAUAAACCCAAGAAGCCUCCUUCCCUCGUGUACAACCUGCGGAAGAAGAAACAGGCAAACGUGGCUACGUGACUGGAUGUUACCUGUAUCGGACAUAACGAUACACACUGAAACUGUAUUAAAUAUAGUAAAGUUCCCCACUCGCCCUUUUUAAAGACAUUAACAAUUGGUCUCCUUAAACUGUUCAGGGGCUCCAUAGCAGAGUCCCAGAGCCAGAUCCCACAUGGCCAGUCACAGUUCAAAUCCUGGCCUGACUGUUUCUUUUCUUCUCUCUUUUUUGGAGAGGCUUUUGCUAGCUAUAGGGCACGUGU